GGCUUUUCAGCUCGGCUGCAGCGUCUCUUCGCCGGGCACACAGACCGGGAAGUGGAGAGCAAGAGAGAGAAGAGAGAGGAGGCAGCGGAGCAGCUGAGCGGACACCGCCGCCCUCCAAGAAGAAGGCUGCGAAUCUUCUCGGCCACCGACAGCGCCGCCACCAACGCCACCGCCACCACCGCCACCGCCGCCUCCACCACCAGCGAGCCUGGGCCGGGCAGGGCGCCGAGCGGGCCGUCUGAGGCGCAGGCCGGAGCGGGCCCGGCACCGCAGCGCUGGUGGAGGCCGGGUCUCCGAGGCGACGGCCGAGGCAGGUACAACGGUACCGGAGGAGGCGGCGCCGCCGCUCGUCCCUUGUCCUCAGGAAGGGGCCCAUGGCGAGCGACAAGCCGGUCCGGCCCGGGGCUCGAGCCUCAGCCCGUGGAGCCCAUCGCCGUCGGGGCCGGCAGCGGAGGCGGUGGCGAAGGCGGCGGCGGCAGCGGGAUGGCGGGGCUGAUGGGGCGUCCGGCUCCGACUCCGGCUCCGGUUCCGCUCCCCGCGGGGACGAGUUACCUUUCGGUGCCGAUCCGCAACUUCCGGAUGAAAUUCGCAGUUUGGACUCCUGCAGGUCGGACAGGUCAGCAGCAGGGACAUCGUGGAGACGGUGCUCAACCGGGCCGCCUGGUAGGUGCUCUGGAUGCAGUACUGGAUUCCAAUGCACGGAUUGCCCCAUUUCGAAUUCUGCUUCAGGUUCCUGGAUCCCAGGUUUAUUCUCCCAUAGCAUGUGGUGAGUUACUGAAUGGAUCAGACGUUUACUGGGCCAUAGCCACUGGUGCCACUUUAGAGGAAAUAAACCAGCACUGGGACUGGCUGGAACAGAAUCUCCUCCACACUUUGUCUGUCUUUGAUAAUAAAGACGACAUUGCCAGCUUUGUCAAAGGGAAGGUAAAGGCUUUGAUUGCUGAGGAGACCAGCAGCAGGCUUGCAGAGCAGGAGGAGGAGCCUGAGAAGUUUCGAGAAGCCCUGGUGAAGUUCGAGGCCAGGUUCAACUUCCCUGAGGCAGAGAAACUGGUCACCUACUACUCCUGCUGUUGCUGGAAGGGCCGGGUGCCCCGCCAGGGCUGGCUGUACCUCAGCAUCAACCACCUCUGCUUCUACUCCUUCUUCCUGGGCAAGGAACGAUUCAGUGAUGCCUGGAAUUCUCCAGAAGAAGAAUAAUUUCUUGAUGCUUUGAACAAAAUUCUCAAUAAUGAUAUCCAAAGAAAGAAUCAGCUGUGCAGGCUGCUGCUGCAGUUCCUGCAGAAGAACAUUGUCAUCGCCGCCAUCACGAUGACGGCAAUCCUGUUCUCUGUGUACACGUGGAGGAAACAGCCAUUGUGAGUGGCUCUUUGCAUUCUCCUUCCUUCCAAGAACUUGUAAGUGUUUGGGCCAAUGUUGUUCCCGGAGCUUCCUGAAGAUUGCAGAUUUAGGAGGUGGGCACAGGGAUCUCUUAAGUCUGUUUGUGUUUCAUCAUCAACCAGUGUGCUCCCAAUCAUCUGAGCAAAUGGUUUCAGGCACUGUCUGGUGAUUCUG